AUGAACCGCACUUCUUCCAAACGCGCUCCAGGUCCCGAUACGGCCGCCACGGCCGCGCCCACCAGGCAAUGCACGCCAGAUGGAUCAGAUGCUAACGACGAUAGAGUCUCCGCCCUGGUCGCGCCAUUGGGAGGCAGCAUCCACAGCCCCGAGCAACAAUCUGUGGGGUACAUGCUCUGUCAGGGGCACAACUCCGAGUAUUUGGCAAACUACAUUUCGGAGAUUGCUCUCUGGCUUGAUAUGUUCGACAGCCAGCGUGCUUUUGGGGUCCAAGUUCCGCUUCUCGCCCGCUCAACGCCCGCGCUUAUUUUAGAGCUCUACCAAGAGGCGAUUCGACUCGUUGGGUCCCUUCUCGAGAUCCGCGAUCCCAGCGUUGUCCCCAUUUGCACUAUCCUCUGCGUCAUGGAAAUGAUGUCGCGGCCAGCUGUCGUAGGCUGUUUUCUGGUGCUACGCCAGGUGGACCUCUGUGGUGCUCUCAUUUCUGACGGUACACAAAGCACGCUUGUGCCUCUCUGCCAGUUGGCUCCCUCAGUGGCCAUAGACAACCCUCAAGGCGUGGCCACCCUCUUUUGCACCUCCAAGGAUCCCGACAUGUAUGCCAACUACGCAGUCUAUCUCUGUUCAAAAGUAUGUGACCUCAUUGCCAGCCGCACGCAGUUCAUCGAGCUAGGCAAAACAAACGGCUGUGACGACUCCGAGUACACCGACCAAUGGCUACGUUUGUGGGCCGAGCUGCAGAGAUGGAUUGACGAACGGCCUGUCGACAUCCUCCCCAUCCAGGUCGUCGAGGCAUCAGAAUCGUCGCCAUCCCCUCAUAUUAUUUCUUCACUGGGCUGCGACUUCAUCAACUCAACUCUACCAUACAGCAUGUCUAUUGCUUUUAGGCAUUCUGCCUUUAGCCGAACAGCGCGAUCUUCCGAACGGUCAAGCUGUUUGAACAAUGCUAUUCAGUCCCUUUGGCUGGCCGGUCACCUUAUGAGCCACCCAGUCGAGCACAAGGUCGUGGUUGAGCUCAUCCGGGAUAUUGAGGCUACGACAGGUUGGGGCACAAGCUGGCGCAUCCCGGAUCUGAAGGUCGCCUUGGGUUUCGGUGUGGAAUGA